AUGACCGUCAUCUUGAAACACAAUAAUGGAAAAGAAAGAAAAAAAAAAAAAAACAAAACAAAACAAAAAACAAACAAACAAAUAAAACAAACAAAGAAAUCAAUAUAUAUGGGUUGCUUGAAAGUCCUGCUUUUGUUUCUGCCCGUCAUGUUUACAAGAGGUAAAGACUACUAUGGUGUCUGUGUGAUAGGAAUGACAGUAAGCGAGGUAUGCACUGCUUCUGUCAAUACCAGUUAUAUUCUAGACGUCAAGAAUACAGCCAGUGUUCUAUACUCUAUAAAAACAGGCUGGGCAUUAAAUAUUUCGGAGAGAGGGUGUUUUAUCAGUGACAAAAUUCAGCCUUUUAAGUUGUCAUUUAAUGAGAUCAUACCAAAUUUGUCCAUUACACUGCCUGACAAGAGCACGUUCUACAAGCUGUACAGCGAUACAGAAAAAAGCAAAUAUUUCUACAUUAACUGUACACAAACCUGUACAGUCUAUAUAGUGCCAUACAGUCCUACAAGCGUUCAGCUGAUGUGUGUAAAUUCUACACCAACUUUCCUCGCUACUAACGCUAACUAUGGAGACGCAUCGCUCAUGUUUACGGACUCCUUGCAAACAGCAUAUAUAAGGACAAGUCAAUUCCUGAAGCUGAAAGGACGAUAUAUCAAUGUUUUCGUAUCAGAGGAUGACCCAGCUUUUGGAUUAAACAUAACUCAAAUACGACCAUUUGCACAACCACAAUACCGACUGCUAAAUACAAUCAAAUGUCAGUGCUACAUUCAUUGUGAUUCAAACAUGACUACUACUACAGCUAUUUUAACACCAGCAACAACCGCUACUCCGAAAUCCGUAGCGUCAAUCACUUCUACAGUAACGACCGCCGUAGCAUCACUCGUAACAACCGACUCGACACCACCAUCUACCACUACAACACCAUCCACCACUAAAACAACAUCUACAACUACAACACCAUCCACCACUACAACAUCGACUAUCACUACAACACCAUCCACCACUACAACAACAUCCACCACUACAACACCAUCCACCACUACAACAUCAACUACCACAACACCAUCCACCACUAAAACAACAUCUACAACUACAACACCAUCCACCACUACAACACCAUCCACCACUACAACACCAACCACCACUACAACACCAUCCACCACUACAACACCAUCCACCACUAAAACACCACCCACCACUACAACACCAUCCACCACUACAACAUCACCCACCACUACAACACCACCCACCACUACAACACCAUCCACCACUACAACAUCAUCCACCACUACAACACCAUCCACCACUACAACACCAUCCACCACUACAACACCAUCCAACACUAGAACACCAUCCACCACUACAACACCAUCCACCACUAAAACACCACCCACCACUACAACACCAUCCACCACUACAACAUCACCCACCACUACAACACCAUCCACCACUACAACACCAUCCACCACUACAACACCAUCCACCACUAAAACACCAUCCACCACUACAACACCAUCCACCACUACAACACCAUCCACCACUAAAACACCAUCCACCACUACAACAACAUCAACUACCACAACAACAUCCACCACUACAACACCAUCCACCACUACAACACCAUCAAAUACCACAACACCAUCCACCACUUCAACACCAUCCAACACUACAACACCACCCACCACUACAACACCAUCCACCACUACAACACCAUCCACCACUGCAGCACCAUCCACCACUACAACACCAUCCACUACUGCUGCAACAACCAAGAAAACAUCGUCCACAAUUCGCGAGUCGACGACCACAGAACCUCCACCAAUGGUGUCUGUCAUUCAGCGAACAGGCGCAUACAUAAGUCCAAAGUUAUCGUGCAUCUACACAUGUACAUUUAGAAUUGACACGAGUAUCAACAAGGCAGAGCGCAUGCUCAUCCUAGAGAAAAAGAUCAUGGAUUUAAAAAGGCAGUUGGCGGUGAACAAAACCAAUCUGUCGUCAGCUAGAAGGCGUAAGACGAGUGCCAUGGACAACAGACCAGUUUCGGCGGCCAUUGGAUUUAUGGGUGUAGCUAUAAUAGGUGUAUCAGUAGCUGUAAUAGUGGUUUUUGAUUUACCAACACUUGUUCGUGCAUUUGUGCACAUGUUUCCGAACACACUGCAGCAACCCGGAAAUACACAACCUCGACCUCGCAUACACAACCAGGCCUCCUCACACCACCAGGCCACCUUACACCACCAGGCCACCUUACACCACCAGGCCGCCUCACCCUACCAGGCCUCCAUACAUCACCAGGCCGCCUUACACAACCAGGCCUCCAUUCAUCACCAGGCCACCUUAAAUCCACCAGGCCUCCAUACACCACCAGGCUGUCUUACACCACCAGGCCUCCUUACACCACCAGGCCUCCAUACACCACCAGGCAUCCUUGCACCACCAGGCUUCCGUGCACCACCAGGCCGCCUUACACCACCAGGCCACCUUACACCACCAGGCCUCCUUACACCACCAGGCCUCCUUACACCACAAGGCCUCCCUACAUCACCAGGCCUCCAUACACCACCAGGCUGCCUUACACCACCAGGCCUCCUUACACCACCAGGCCUCCGUACACCACCAGGCCGCCUUACCUCACCAGGCCUCCCUACAUCACCAGACCGCCUUACACCACCAGGCCUCCUUACACCAACAGGCCUCCUUACACCACCAGGCCUCCAUACACCACCAGACCUCCAUACACCACCAGGCAUCCUUGCACCACCAGGCUUCCGUGCACCACCAGGCCUCCGUACACCACCAGGCCGCCUUACCCCACCAGGCCUCCAUACAUCACCAGGCCGCCUUACACCACCAGGCCUCCUUACAUCACCAGGCCUCCAUACACCACCAGGCCUCCAUACACCACCAGGCCUCCCUACGCCACCAUAG